AUGUCUGAUACUAAAAAAGAACUCGUUCAGGAUUUAUACGAUGCUGUACUUCUAACGUCCAGAGUUGUAGGAAUUUCGUAUGCAGCGAAAAUGAUCGCCGGAAAAAGUCUGGGUGCACCGAUGACGUUGGAAGGAGCGAUGAAACUUGGUGUUGCCGUUGCAGGAAGUUCUGUUGCCGUCGCCUAUCUCAAAGAUAAAGGAUACGUUCCAAAAACAAUCGGUAAAUAAAGAAGAUGACGACCAAUUUAGUAGUCGGUGGAUUAUUCAAUGCGAUCGCUUUUGCAGGCGCAGGAUUUUUGUUUUCCCACUUAAAUCAAAACGGGUACAAAGAAGAAGUGAAAAGACAUAAUCAUGCGCUGGAAGAAUUAGCGGCGGCGAAAGAAAAAUUUUACGAAUCCGAAGUCAAAAGACGGAACGAAGAAUUACGACGACGGCAAGAAAUUUUAGAUGCCAAUCAUGAUAUCGAAGAGACAAAUAAAGCGUUGGAUGGAUGA